AAAAAAGGCUCUCUUUAAAUAAAUUUUUUGAUUUUCUAUUUGUUUUAUGUAUUUGUAGGCCUGUAGAAAAUAAACCUGAAUCGCACAUUUUUGUUUUUUCGAGGACAACGAUCGUCAGGGCUCUUCAACAUCGCAGCUCGCUUAGUGUAGAACACAACAAGAACGCGUACCAUGUUGAUGUUUCGAUGGUUUUUGUUUGGAGCCGGAGGGGUAUUCCGAGGUAUGGCAGUGAAACCACAAAUGGAAAAAUCAACGGACGGCGAAGGCAGUUCAACUUCUGGCAGCAGUAGCUCUGCUUCUGCGCGUUAUAAUGUUCGAACCCGAGGAGCAGAAGGAGAAGACAGUGUGGAAGUGCAUGCUACCACUUGUAGCGAAGAUCGAGAUUCCAAGGGUCGUUCACGCAAGAGAGCGAAACUAGGAGAAUUCGGCAAGCAGCAGGCAUCGCUAUCUCUAUCCUCUGUUUUUGGUGCAGGCGGCGAGGGCAUCGGCCCGCAGCUACAGGAGCGCCUGCGAGUACACCUCGAUGGUGUGACCGAAUUCGUGGUCCUCCCAGUGCUGUAUAAUAAUUCUAGCGGCGCAGCGCCCGCGUGCACCUCCGGUGAGGCUGACGGGAACAAAGGGGAGCGGGAAAAUAAAUGGCGCAAGGAGCACAUCCAGGCUUUGGCGAGGGAACAGCGACAAGCCCGCGGAAAACGACUGCGCGAAGUCGUGGCUCAGGCGGAGAACCUCGCAGAGGAAUACAGGUAUCCACUGUAAAAUCCCCGCACACGACAUACAAUUACAUCAAAUGCAGUCUUUGCAUGACAAAACUUGCCUUCAAGUGAGCAUGACAAGCGUUACAGUUAGAUUUGGCGAAAUUCGUACUGCGUUUUGAUUUUGUACAUGUACUACGGGAAAUUUGUGCUGCAUAAGAGGAGCGGAACUUUGGACAGGAUUGGACAAGGUGUUGAUACAGAAGACGAGGCUAGGCGCAAGAUCGCGCGCGUUGGUUCGGCAAUUGCAACCUUGGCAGACGACUUCCCGCCAGGCAGAGACACGAUCGACGUGUUGAAACGCAUUUGGGACGCGACGCUUUGCAUGGCUAUAUUUAGGCCUGGCAUAUACCUGGGGGAUAUAGGGAGCCGACCGCCUGUCCAAGUGGUGCUCGCAUUAGAGAAGCUUGCGGUCGCCAAUGUUGACAAGAGGAAUCAUGUGUCGGCUGAGGUGAGAGAGGCGGCGAUCCGCCAGUUGUUUCUGCUCCGCGUGGAGGAGGCUACCAAGUUGCCGAGCCGGCCCCUAUUUGGACAAACCCUCAAGGCGGAGCUCCGCGUUUUGCAACACUUGGCAAGUGAAUUCAAAGAGGCACUCUUCAGCGCCUGGUGCAAUCUUCAGGAUCUACUCGCGCUGAUGGACGAGGAGGGGCGCGGGCGGGGAGCGUUGCCGUUGCCGUUGCGGCUCCUGCAUUCAAUCGCAGAUGACGCAGGUGGAUUUUACCGGGAUGGGCGGGAUGAUCGUAUGCGGGAUGAUCGUAUGCGGGCCGUGCAAGAGUUGGAAGAGCUGACGAAAGUGACGGACCUGCAAAUCAGUUUCUUGCAGGAGAAGGAGAGAACCGCAGGGACGACGAGCAAGUAGAUUAAUACAGGAACAACAACCCUGGUGGCGGGGGAAUGAUAGGAUUAGGAAAUGAAGACUACAAAGCUAUUAAGAUUAACAUUAUCUGGAUCACCGGUGAUGAUGAAGGUGCACGUGCUGGCACCCGGGAGUGUAAGAUGCAUGUGCUGUAAGGACAACAUUCAACACGUCUAAGCUGAAGGAAAGGUUUUGAGAACUACGGUUCCUAGGUACCGAUAGCAGUGCCUAUAACGGAUGUUUCUGUCUUCUGUAUUUUUGAUACAAAAGUUUUGAUAACUGAUGUUUUUGUCUUAUGUAUUUGCACCACGGGCAUGACGACGUAUUCAGCCUGUUGCCAAGUACCUAAGAUGGAGGAGCUGUAUAAGACGAACAGAAAGAAGAGACGGACUAUGGCGGAAGGAUGGAAAGUGCGAGGGAGAGGGUGCUACUGAUAUAAAGAAACAAGCAAUACUGCUACGAAGACGUUUUCGAAAAAGAUAGAAGAUCGACACAUCUUAAGAAACCACUUUAUAUAUAGGUAGCGUCUGACCCGCGGGCGGCUACAAGAAAGAGCAUGGAAAAACCAACAACCAGCAAUAAAAGUCCUACUCAUCUCUAUGCAACAACUCUACGCGUAAGAUUUUACUACUAAAGCUAGAUGCAGCACCGUACUACAAGAUCUAUUUAUACGCAGGGUGUUGACAGAGUAGCUAAACUGCAAGACAAACGGAACAAAAACAACAACUACAACAAGAAGAAGAACAGCAAGACAAACAUAAAAAACAGCAUGACAAAUUAAGAAGUGAAGUGAUGCGGCAAAGUUGGGGGAGUUGGAAAAUACGCAUGACAGACUCACUAUUUCUUAAACGUGUUGACGUUUUUCGGACUUAGAAAGUUGAAGACUUAUUUGAAAAAUCAU